AUGACUGCCGAAGUUGCUCAUUCGGCUGAGGUACAGCCAAGUGCUCCUGAACGAAAGAGGUUUGAUAUCUUGAAGGUUAUUGUGGAAAAAGUUACGGGCACCGUGAAAUGGUUCAGUGUGAGGCGUCACUACGGCUUUAUCCAGCGUGAUGACAACAAAGAAGAUGUGUUUGUUCAUCGAACAGCUAUUACCGCCUCUCGAUCCCGCUUCCCCACUCUCAAAAAUGGUGAAUCUGUUGAAUUCUCUGUCGUUGAAACGGCCAGUGGUGUAAACGCAGCCUCGGUUACCGGUCCUAACGGUCGACAAGUUCAGGGCGUCCGCUUCUUCCGUCGCCCGAAACCUCAUGUUGAGGCUGGUGAAGGGCAACCCAAGUUAAACGGUACCACUCAAGCCAGUGGGGAUGUUGAGGGAACGCGUCAGCGGGGGGGUCUCCGCAGGAUGAGACGCGGACGAAGACCUUUCCGGCCAAGCCAAAAUGCUAUGGGUGACGGUGAGAAUGUAGGAUGUGAGCAAGGCGAAGAGCUGGGCGGUGGUUUGGAGGGGUCGCGAGUGCUGCGUCAGCGCCCCCGUCGUUUCCGCGGCGGUGGCAGAGGCCGAGGCCGCCAACACUCCACCAGCACCAGACAACAGAUGAAUGGUGAGGACGUCGUUGGCGUUAAUGGUGAAGAGGGCGGCGUAUUACGUCAACAGCAAGGGGGACCACGCCGUGGAGGCGGUGGACGUUUCCGAAGGGGCGGUGGAGGCGGCAGAAUGCGUCGUGGUGGUGGUGCUGCAUCCGCAAGAGAUGGCGAGGAGCAUGUGAAUUCGGCCUCUGGAGAGCAUGCUGAAAGUCUAGAAAAAAAGGUGGAGGAUAUGACGUUGGAGACUAAGACCGAAACAUCAGAGAAGCCAAAGGAGGUGACGACCGUGGAGCAGCAAACGAAUGUGGAUGGGGAUGCGACAGCCGAAGGCGCUACUACGAAGGUCACAGAGGCCACGGGGACUAAUAACUAG